UCCUCUCCAGCGGAACCUCCUCGCAGCUUCUGCACCUUCAGGGCAGACGACACCAUCAAACAGACAAAAGCUGGCAGGCUGACGGGAACUUGCAUUUUAACAGGACGGAUUAUCUGGUAACUGACCAUUUAGCUGCGGCACACUCGGACUCUGUGUUUAACGUGGGAUUUUUAGCCAUGAGCUCAGUUGCUGUACUUACGCAGGAAAGCUUUAACGAGCACCGCAGUGGGCUCUUGCCAGAGCAGGGUGGAAGACCCAACGCUGGAGAUGAUGAGGACGCCCUUCCUACCUACAAGGAUGCUUUCCCACCUCUGCCUGAGCGGGCAGCCACACCUGACGGGACCCAGGAGACUGCUAGCGCCUGGACUUCGAAGAUUCGUCCUCUUAAGUCUUCUAUUAUCACCCAGGUUUUCCAUGUGCCGCUGGAAGAGCGCAAGUACAAGGACAUAAACCAGUUUGGAGAGGGAGACCAAGCGAAGGUCUGCGUGGAUAUCAUGCACAGGACUGGAGCCCACCUGGAACUCUCCUUGGCGAAAGAUCAGGGUCUCUCCAUCAUGGUUUCUGGGAAGCUGGAUGCCGUGAUGAAGGCCCGGAAGGAAAUUGUGUCCCGACUGCAGACUCAGGCCUCAGCUACUGUAGCCAUCCCUAAGGAGCACCAUCGUUUUGUCAUUGGCAAAAAUGGGGAGAAGCUUCAGGAGCUUGAACUGAAGACUGCCACCAAAAUCCAGAUCCCACGACCGGAUGACCCUAGCAACCAGAUCAAGAUCUCUGGUACCAAGGAGGGCCUUGAAAAGGCGAAGCAUGAGAUUCUGUUGAUCUCUGCUGAGCAGGACAAACGUGCUGUGGAGAGAGUGAACAUUGACAAGGUUUACCAUCCCUUCAUCACCGGUGCCUACAAUAGGGUGGUAGGUGAGAUGAUGCAGGAGACAAGUGCCCGAAUCAAUGUCCCCCCUCCAAGUGUGAAUAAGACUGAGAUUGUCAUCACUGGGGAGAAGGAGCAAGUAGCCCUUGCUGUGACUAUGAUCAAAAAGAUUUAUGAAGAGAAGAAGAAGAAUACCACCACUAUUGCAGUGGAGGUAAAGAAGUCUCAGCACAAAUACGUGGUUGGCCCCAAGGGAAACACCCUGCAGGAGAUUCUGGAUAGAACUGGUGUCUCAGUUGAGAUCCCACCGACUGAUAGCGGCUCAGAAACUGUUAUCCUUCGUGGGGAGCCCGACCGUCUGGGUCAGGCCCUCACUGAAGUCUACGCCAAGGCAAACAGUUAUACUGUUUCCUCGGUCUCAGCUCCCUCUUGGCUUCAUCGUUUUAUUAUUGGCAAGAAAGGCCAGAACUUGGCCAAGAUUACCCAACAAAUGCCCAAGGUGCACAUUGAGUUCACGGAGGGAGAGGACAGGAUCACCCUGGAAGGUCCUACCAAAGAUGUGUCAAUGGUGCAAACCCAGAUUGAAGCCAUUGUUACAGAUUUGGUAAGUCGAAUGGACUAUACAGAGAUUAGCGUGGAUCCCAAAUUCCACCGUCAUCUGAUUGGAAAAGCAGGCGUCAACAUCAACCGCAUCAAAGAGCUUUACAAGGUGACUGUCCGUAUCCCCCCCGACAACGAGAAGAGCAACCUGAUCCGUAUCGAGGGGGAUCCUCAGGGUGUGCAGGAAGCCAAGAAGGAGCUGCUUGAGCUUGCAUCACGCAUGGAGAACGAGCGUACAAAGGACCUGAUCAUUGAACAGCGUUUUCACAGAGCCAUCAUUGGCCAAAAAGGGGAGAAAAUAAAAGAAGUUAGGGACAAAUUUCCAGAGGUCAUCAUAAAUUUCCCUGAUCCAGCACAGAAAAGUGACAUUGUUCAGCUUAGGGGCCCAAGAAAUGAGGUUGAAAAAUGUUCCAAGUUCAUGGGCAAGCUCGUGGCUGAAAUGGUGGAGAACAGCUUCUCUGUGUCUGUCCCCAUCUUCAAGCAAUUUCAUAGAAACAUAAUUGGAAAAGGUGGCUCAAACAUCAAGAAGAUUCGAGAGGAAACGAGUACCAAAAUUGAUCUGCCUGCAGAGAACAGCAACUCUGAGAUGAUCGUCAUCACAGGCAAAAAGGCCAACUGUGAGGCCGCACGGACUCGCAUUCUGGCCAUUCAGAAGGAGCUGGCCAACAUCACAGAAAUGGAUGUGUCCAUCCCUUCCAAGUUGCACAACUCCCUGAUUGGGUCAAAGGGCCGUCUGGUGCGCUCCAUCAUGGAGGAAUGUGGUGGUGUGCAUAUCCACUUCCCCACCGAGGGGUCAGGGAUCGAUAAAGUCACCAUCAGAGGCCCCGUGGAGGACGUUGAGAAAGCCAAGCUGCAACUGCUUGCCCUGGCAGAGGAGAAGCAAACAAAGAGUCACACCGCAGAGCUGCACGCGAAGCCAGAAUACCACAAGUUUCUCAUCGGGAAAGGCGGAGGAAACAUUCGCAAGGUCCGAGACAGCACCGGGGCCAGGAUCAUCUUCCCCACCGCCGAGGACAAAGACCAGGAACUCAUCACUGUGGUUGGAACCGAAGAAGCCGUGCGGGAGGCCCAGAAGGAGCUGGAGGAACUCAUCAAGAGUUUGGACAAUAUUGUGGAGGACACCAUGAUAGUGGAUCCCAAGCACCAUCGCUACUUUGUGGCUCGCCGCGGUCAAGUCCUCCGGGACCUUGCUGAUGAAUACGGUGGUGUGAUGGUGAGCUUCCCUCGCACCGCUUCUCAGAGUGACAAGGUCACCCUUAAAGGAGCCAAAGAAUGUGUGGAGGCAGCCAAAAAACGCAUGCAGGAGAUCAUUGAGGACUUGGAUGCCCAAGUGACCAUUGAGUGUGUAAUCACUCAAAAGUUCCACCGUUCCAUCAUGGGCCCCAAGGGGUCACGGAUUCAGCAGAUCACUCGAGAUCACAAUGUGCAGAUUAAAUUCCCAGAACGUGAGGACCCCCAAGCUGCCCCCCCUGCAGAACCUCCCGUUCAAGAGAAUGGAGAGGCUAAUGGUGAAGUGAAGGAGCCAGUUGAUCCAAACGCCCCCAAAAAGUGUGACGUGAUUGUGAUUUCUGGCCGUAAGGAGCGCUGCGAGGCUGCUGUGGAAGCACUGAAGGCCUUGGUUCCUGUCACUAUUGAGGUGGAAGUGCCUUUUGAGCUUCAUAGAUACAUUAUUGGACAAAAAGGAAGUGGAAUUCGCAAGAUGAUGGAUGAAUUUGAGGUCAAUAUUCAAGUGCCUGCUCCUGAGCAGCAGUCUGAUAAAAUUGCAAUCACUGGCUUGGCCAGUCACCUGGACCGUGCUAAAGAAGGCCUCUUGGACCGCGUCAAAGAGCUGCAGGCUGAGCAGGAGGAUAGAGCACUCAGGAGCUUCAAGCUGACCAUCACUGUGGACCCCAAGUAUCAUCCCAAAAUCAUUGGCCGCAAGGGCGCCAUCAUUACAACCAUCCGCACUGAGCAUGAUGUUAACAUCCAGUUCCCGGAGAAGAAUGAUGAGAAUCAGGAUCAGAUAACUAUUACAGGGUAUGAGCACAAAGCCAUAGCUGCACGCGACGCCAUCCAGACUAUCGUGGACGAGCUGGAGGAGAUGAUCUCUGAGGACAUCACCCUGGACAGCAGGGUUCAUGCCCGCAUUAUCGGAGCUCGUGGGAAGGGCAUCCGCAAGAUCAUGGAUGAAUUCAAGGUUGAUCUUAGAUUUCCUCAGAGUGGUGCUGCCGAUCCAAAUCUUGUUACAGUAACGGGUCGCCCUGAGCUUGUGGAUGAAGCCAUCGACCAUCUCCUUAACCUAGAAGAGGAAUACAUGGCAGAUGUUGCAGAAAAUGAGGAAAAGAAGGCCUACAUGAGGCCAUCUGGUGGCAGCGCUGCUGCCAUGGAUGAGCAGCGCGGCCCAUCCAAAGGUUUUGUUGUGAGGGAGGCUCCCUGGACCACCAACGAGAAGGCUCCUGAUAUGAGCAGCUCUGAAGACUUCCCAAGUUUCGGAGCCCCAGUGGCCGCCAAGACCUCCCCCUGGGGACCCAAACGCUUCUAAGCCGCGCCGGUGCAGACGGGCUUGAUCUUAACCAGUCAGAAUCUUCCCCAUCAUCCCUCCCUCACCCCGGACUGACCGCUGACCCAAGAAGUCUUCAGUUUUGAGAAUUGUCACUCUUCUGUUUAUCUUGGUCUGCCCCUCUAGAGUCAUCGGUUUACAAGUGCUUUCCAGAUGCUAUAAUUAACUUGUAAGCUUUGUACCUGCUUUAAAUACCACUGUUGUGCUAAAAAGUGUGACAGUCGUGGCGGUUUCAGUCUAGUCUGUGAAAGACUGGUGUUUUAAAUGUGCUGACAAUUCAUUGUGGUUUUCCAAUUCACUUGUGACUGGAGAUGGUCCACCCCCACCUUUAGUUGCCUUCGCGGGAGGGGUAAAGGGACGGAGCUGCUCCUAUUUGGGCCUCACGCUCGACUAGUGAGGAAAGAUGUUUCAGUAACCCGCCCCCUCCUGCUUUAUCCAUGUAGCUGAGUGACAAGUAUCAGUGUUCGGCCCUUUCCCCACGCAAGAGUGGUUGUCCUGUCCAUUUCUUUCCAUCUGCUUGUAACUGUGCUUCUGUGAGCAUGAUAUAAUGGCUCUUACCUUGUAGCCUUACAAAUUAAACUGUACAAGGUUGAGGGGGGAGGGAGGUCAGCUCCCUUUCAGACACUGCAGAAAUAACACCCACUUAAACUGCCAGAUGCUUGGAGAUGAUGCCAUAACUAAACCUUCUACAACACUAGGCAUAAGCGCUCCGACGCAUCAAACCUCACACUAAUGGAUGGACAUUAUGUCAAACUAUAUCUCUAUAUUGACGAGUAAAACAGACCAUCAUGUGCCAACUGUCUAGUGCUGUCCUGUGUAACUCCCUCUGUUUUGGGUCAGUGUCCAGUCCUUUUUGUCUUCCAGUUGCUAUGCGAACUAAUCGGUUCAAUAGCAAUGGUCUUUAUUUUUAUUUUAUUUUUUAUUUGUUUUUGGGAUCAGCCUUACACCUAGAGUGAUAAAACCAAGUAGAGGUGAUGUCAAUGUGCUUUAUUUUGUUUCUUCCCCCUCUUUUCAGUAGAUAACUGGAAGGUAUGUAUGCUGUUUCUCAAAGAUUAUGAAACCCCUCCCUCCUCAAAAGUUGACUUGGAGUGCACAUUUAGCUUGCUAACUGCUCGAUCAACAUCUGACAUCAACUUAUCUUGGUUUAUAUCCUUCUAGUACUGAAUGAAAGAUUAUGCAAAUACCAUUGAAGUGAACGGUUAUGGAUGACACUGGAAAAAUUGUCCAAAAUCAAUAAAAAUUGAAAAUAUA